CUGCCACUGCCAAUAGGUAGUCUUGUGCUUUUGAGAUAUAUUGAAGUAUAAUCUCAAAACGCAGAAUUUGCUCAUUUGGACAUCUGGUUGGGACAUGUUUUUAUUGUUGAGACUUUUAGCUAUUUAAUGAAUUUUGUAAACAGAUAAAACUGUUUAAAGUCAUCGGACUUGACAAUCCUAGAAUGCGGGCAGAAACCAGAGGUGCAACUCUUGAAAGGGGCAGCCACUCUGGAUAACACCCAGCAGUUUAGGAAAGAAUGAAAAAGGGAAGUAACUGGAUCUCAUUUCAAAAAGUUUGAAAUAUCUUGUAAAUGAAAACUGAACUAUAAAGGAAACAUCAUGGCUCACAUCUAUAAAAGAAAACUCGGGAAACUUGAUGCCAUCUGUGCCAAGUUGAAGCUGAACUCGUCACCAGAUUCUCCAGACGAAGAAAAAAGUCUAAGUAACAGUAUUGUGAAUGGAGAGGAAAAGGAAAACACGGUAGAUAGAAUUGAGACUGCAGUAGCUAGUUCUAAUAUUAAUAACAAUAUCAUUGGGAAGGAAGAUUUGAACAACACAGAAACUGAGAUUGAUAAUACUCAAGAAGACUCAAACAGUCAAGCUUUAGAUUUCACUAUUAAACCAAAGCUUAACAUAAACAUAGGUGACAUAGGUGACGAAAAUGACUCAUUGGAUCAGAGAAAUGAUGAAAAGAGCACAGAAAAUGAACAGCCAGAAAAUACAAACCAAUCAUCAAGUUCGAAUAGACGAAAACGGAAAGCUGCUGUGCCAAGAAGUCUUACUCAGGUAAAAGACUAUUAUGGUCAUCUUGAUGAAAAGGACGAGCUUGCUGAGUACGAAAUAAACAAUCUUAACACCAACUUUCCCCCAGAGGACUAUGAAGAUGAGCGCAACACUAGUGGGUCUGGUCGGGAAUCUUUAUCAAGGUCGGUUAACGAUGGCAAGUCUUCACCUCAACAUUUGAACCAUUCCAAAUCAUCCACUGUCUCAAGUCUUUCAAAAGAGUCCACCCGCAGUCGUCUUUCCUCAGAAAUAGAUCCUAGUCAUACAUCAGCCCCAUUGGACCUGAGUCUCAGUAGCCGGCAGAGUCGGUAUGAUGAAGACUCCGCUCAGGGUGAUCUCACAAGCGACGAUGAAAAAAACGGGGGAUUUUCAGACAAUGAGGAUGACGAUUUUUUUAAUCCGGACAGAAAUCUAGUCAUAGAUGAAAGUAGAAAUAGGGCCAUAAAGCAGGGAAAUGCCCCCUCAAUGGGGUUUGCAAGUUUUCAUGGUGUGAGUGGGGAAAAUAAUACCCCACUGAAGGACUUUGCAGAAAAUACAAUGAAUGAACUUAUAAGCAUGUAUUAUGGAAACUUUGGUGGCAGCGGGGAACCAAGCAAAUAUCUACAACAGAAAAACAUGAAAAGCCUUUCACAAAACCAAGGGCUCUCUCUGUGUGAGAACUCUCUCUCUUCAGCCAGUAAAUCCAGUUUUCAAAUACCACCAAUGAGCAGUGGGGAUGAGGAGUCACAUGAUGGAUUUCCACCAAUGAAAGGCAUCUAUGCAAACUAUGUGAAUUCAGCUGGAGCUCCACCAAAAUCAGGAGGCAACAAGCUACAGAAUGACCGCUUCACAACCAGCUCCUCCUUCAUUAAUGCUGUGUACAACAACAAGACAACUCCAGCGUCUGGCCAGAUCUCACCCGGCCUUCCUAACUACUCCAAGUACCUUAAACGGUACAACAAUGGUAUGGAAUGUGGUAGCACUCACUGCAAGGAGCUCGGCUACCGGGAACACUACCACUGCAUUGACUGCACCUUCCAGGUGUUUGUCAAAAAGGAGGAGAUGGUGCGUCACUACAAGUGGCAUCGUAAACGUGAGGAGUCGCUACAACACGGCUUUCUGCGCUUCUCACCCCUCGAUAACUGCUCGAAAAGAUUCGGAAACUGUACACAUAACAGCAAACAAACACAUUACCACUGUCUACAGCCUGGAUGUGACAAGGUCUACAUCAGUACAUCGGAUGUCCAGAUGCACGCCAACUACCACCGCAAGGACUCUGCCAUAAUGUCUGAAGGCUUUCAGCGUUUCCGGGCCACAGAGGACUGUGGAACACCAGCGUGCUCAUUCUACGGGCAACGUACAACACACUUCCACUGUCUGCGCUCAGACUGCAGGUUCACCUUCAAGAAUAAAGCUGAUAUGGAGAAGCACAAGAGUUAUCACCAGAAAGAUGAGGUUUUGGGCCGGGACGGGUUCAAGAAAUUCAUGAAAUACGAGCACUGCAUGUACGCCACAUGUCGAUACUCGAAAGUCUCCAACCACAUACACUGUAUACGCCAUGGCUGUGACUACGUGCUUCAUUCCACAGCUCAGCUGUACUCCCAUAAACGGAAGCAUGAGAAACGAGACUUUGAAAGUGCAUACAAGAAGUAUCAGAACCAUUCCACCCCCCAGGGACCGAAGCCUAUCCUUCCCAGGCCAGACCUUGGCAAUGCGGCAGGAAGUAUCACAAACGGAACCCCGGUCAUACAAUCAGUAGGGGCCCCAGGGAUAAAGCACAAAAUUGACUGGGACCGGUCCGAGUCAAUUGAGUUGAAAAAGCCCAAGAUUGAGAUUAAUUCUGAUGUUGACAUGUCUGUGACAUCUUCUCCGAGUGGAAGGUCCACACCAGCAGAUAAGUUUUGGCCACAAACCCCAGCUGAUGAUUCAAUGGAUAUGGAUGACUUGAGCAAUCCUGAAGACUCCCGAGACUCAAGCCCUCCAGAGAAGAGCAGGCUGGCUGGCAUGGAUGCUGAAGCUGGGAUUAAUCUUAGUGGCUCACUCACUCUCCCCAUCCCAAGAUUCCAAACCCUUACUGCAAAAGACUCUGCUCCAGCUCUACCAACCAGCACCACCCAAAGCUCAACUCCAACCAUGAGUGAACAGAGCCAACCCAAAUCUGAACCAGACGCUCUCUUCAGGCCGGUCACCUCAGAGAACUUCCACUCCACCCACAGGCUCAGUGCCUCCCCCUCCCUGGGCGGGAAUCUCCUCUCAAUGAACCCGGGUACACUCCUGACCGUGCCAUCAACCAUUCAGGGCGCAUCGACGGUCCUUCAGCCUCCCAAGUCUGUUUACACUGAGAGGCGAGAGAAGGAUGAUUCAUGGAAGACUUACCUUGUCAGGUACACAGCAAAUGACCCGUGCAACCCUCGCUGCCUGUAUCUGUACAAGGACCACUACCAUUGUAAGAUAGAGGGGUGUCUGGUUCUCUUCAAGUCUAAGGACGGAGUCAGGGAACAUGCAAGGUUCCAUGAGCUACAAGAUCGUAUCACGCCGAUAGCCUACCAGACUUUUGAGAUUGAAGACGCUUGCCCUGAGCAAUGCCAGUACAGCGAGAAGGAAAAACACUUCCACUGUAUAUGGACUGGAUGUAGCCAUGUGGUUCCCUAUGUGGGGCCAACAUUUGGUCGCCUGGAGCACUAUAGGAUUCAUGAGUACGCUAGAGCAGCAGCGGGGAAAUCGUACAACCGCGGAGCAGGUGUGGGAAAGCCGGGCCAAGUUGUCGAGGAUAACACCAUGCGACGAAGGGGACGGCCACCAAAAUAUCCAAAAAUAGAACUUCCAAAAAUUCCAAAAGUUGAACUGAGCGAUGAGGAGAUUCGUCUGUCACAAAUGUCUCAGAUUUCAGACAGGCCGGGAAAUGCAAAAGUUAUAAAUGGGUUCAGGAUAUUUUCCCCCGAGGAUCCAUGCCCAGAUGAGCGAUGCAGCUUCAUAGGAAAUCUCCAUUACCACUGUGCCAGACCCAGGUGCUUUACAAUCACUGAUAGAAUAGACGUCCUUAACCUUCAUGCCAAGGACUUUCACAGUUUUGUACAGAUCUUGGAAGGCUAUGAAUUCUUUGACCGCUCCGUCAGCUGUAGAAGAUUCCACUGUCCCAACAACCAGACUAAUCGCCACUUCCACUGCACCAGGCCAAAAUGUGACUAUUCCUUCAUCCGCCACAGCACAAUGGCUCAGCAUGAGAAAAAGCACCAGAGCUCCAACUCUGCCUCACCAACAUCAGACUCCCCCUUGUCUCCUAAUCUAUUCCACAUGAACAUACCGGCCACAAUAGGUGGGGCCAUCACGUCCAGCCAGCAGCUUCCACUUUCAGCCAUAAUGCCGGUUUCCGUCAUACCUUCAGCGUCCCAGCCUAACAUACCAGUGUUCUUGUCCCAGCAGGGGAACCAUACUUUAGCCCUCUCUCAAGGAUCUGUCAUUGUUCAGAACACCUCUGCAGCUUCAUUGAGAGGCUCCACUGUAACCAUGGCAACUGGCACAAACUCUGUGAGUUCCAUCCAGGCUCUACCAGCCUCAUCAAUAGCCGGAACCCAGAUCACAGGAAUGGGGGGCCAGCUUAAUCUUCAGAACCUUGAUGGAUCAAUUAUCAGAAAUGCCAAUGUGCUGCUGAACGUCCUUUUGAAGCAAGGUGGUAUAAACCAACUUCCUCAGCCCAGUUGGAACGAACUCCGGGCUAAAAUGCACUACAGUUUAACCAUGAACUGUGGUCGGCCAUUUUGUAAAUUGAAGAAGAAGGACCACUACCAUUGUCUUGAUUGUAACCAGGCAUUUUCAGACCCAGCCAGGCUUAGAUCUCACGUAGGAAAACAUGGAGUCAAGUUGAAGAAAAAUGAUCAGAUUGAGAACACUCCUAUUGCUCCUAAACCAGUCAACUUGAGUAUUCAAUCUAUACCAAAACCACAACCAGUCAUUUCUAAUACAGUAACCAGUCUAAAUAUGGAUCCAGACGAAGCUCAGUGUUUGGCAGGAAAUAUUGCUGGCAAUGACAGCGAUGACAGUGAUGAGGAUGUCAAGUCAUCAUCACUCAAUCUGAACCCCUCCACUUUCUCUGAGAUGAUAUUCAAAGCUCAAGAACAGAACCAGAUUGGUUCAGAUAUGGACUCUGGUAGUGACCUUGAUGAUGAUACAGGGGAAAAUAAUCUGAGGAUUGACACUGGUAGUGAGGUUGAUGCUCAGUCUGAUAGUAAUGACCAUCAGGCUGAUAUAUCUAGUAGAUCGGGUCGGAAAAUCAUCAAGACAAAACAUGAGGGGUUUAUGAAUAGUGGAGAUAUAAACUUGAGCAAGCAGUGGCCAGUUUCUUCUUCAAAAAGUACUGGUAAAGCCAUUAAAUCACCACAAGCCAAUGGAACAAACGCAGCAAGUAAGAUUGUUACCACGGGAACAAGAGGAGCUCGAGAUGAUUCCGUACCCGCGGGUUAUUCUCGUUGGAGGUAUAAUGAAGAAUGCAGAUAUCCAAAGUGUGCGUACAAACAUAAUGUGACCCAUUUCCACUGCGUGAGGGAAGACUGUGGUUACGGAUUCAGUGAUCGAUCUCGUCUUGUACAGCACACGCUCCGUCAUGAGCGCAUAGACAGUAUUACUGGCGGGGAACUUCAACAGUUCAGGAUCAACCAAGACUGUGAGGUUCCCGACUGUGAAUAUAAACUGAAAAUGUCUCAUUUUCACUGCAAACGGUGCACAUAUUGCUGUACAGACUCCAGUAAAGUUCUUACGCAUCGGAAAAACCAUGCCAAGAUCGACAAAAUUGAGAGUCAGGGCUUCACAAAAUGCCUGGCAGCCGAUGACUGUGGUAUGAGUCUAUGUCCGUAUGCGAGAAAACAGACCCAUUUUCACUGUCUGAUCGAGGCAUGUCAGGCACCAGUGCUAGGCCCCGCUCAGAUGUCGGCACAUAAAAUAAAACAUGAUACUGAUAAUAGUACUAUGAGUACCGAUGCAUGAUGAGGUUUGUUAGGAUUUCUUUAAGGAUUGAAAUUUGUUUACGAUUGUACAUUUAAAUUCUCUGCAUGGCCUAAUAUAUCAGCUGUUGAUAUUUCUUAAUGAAAACUACAUUCACGGCCGUACUUUGUCAAUAAUUAAACUGAAGUUCAACCCCAACAUUGAAUUUUUUUAUUUAUUUUUUUUAUUUUUUUAAUGGUAUGUGUUAAAGAGAAUUCGUCAUAACACCUUAAAAAGUAAUAAUACAAUAUUAAUAUGUUUUUCUUCAUUAUUUAUUUCUUGUUCGCAUGAUAUACUUAUUCCAUUCCUAUUACAAUGUAUGUAUAUAUAUAUAUACCUGUAGCCUUAUAUGAGGAUGACUAUGCAGUUUUUGACCUAGAGUGUAUUCACUGCUGAUAAAGGGACAGGGUUUUUUAUAAAUGUCCCAUAAAAAAUGCAAUGUUUGAAGUACAGUAAUUUAAAUCUAGCACUGCUGUCAUUUUUUUAUGUAAUGUGCAACAUUAUGUAUUAUAAUUAUUGUUCGUUUAUUUGUUUUUACUAUAUGUGCUAUUAUUUUAAAACAAGUUAUAUUUUAUUCCUUAUCUUUAUGUUUGCAUGUUAAAACAAAUGCUAUGAACACCUAUUUGAUGUACGGAAAUGAUUGAUUGUUAUUUACUGUGCAUUCUCUCAGAAGUCGAUGAUGUUUGUUGUUUGAUAGUUGAUCAAUGAUAUAAUUGCUAUUUAUUUUUUGCUAUUUAUUUUUGUACAGAUAAUUAUAUUCUGAAUUGCUAAGAGGCAGAUCGUUUCUCAUACAAUACAUUCCAAAAUGUAAAUUUAAUUAUGUUUUUCGUAUUAUACUUAUAUAUAUCUAUAUCAUAUACAGAUGUACAUUAUUAAUAUAUUUUCAAUACAUCAUUCCAUAUUUAAAAUUCCAAGGCUGAAUGCAAAACUGCUUUAUCUGCUAAUAUGGAUACAGGUAUAUAAGUCAGUUAAGCAUUCAGCCUUAGAAAUAUGUGUCAAUAUACUCCUGAGAAAUACUACAUUCCCAGUUUAGUCAGAUAUUGUGAUUAAAAUUGAUUUUAUAUUUGUCUUUGUAAAUUGUACUCAUAUAUUUAUAAUAUUUUUAGUGUCCCCAAUUCGUAGAUAAAAACAUUCCAUAGUUUAUAUUUAAAUGACUUCAUUGUUAGUCCCUUAAAUAAAAGAAAUGCAUAAUAUUACAAGUGUCUCCCCCUUAUUGAUAAAAGAAUCAUUCCGCAGACUUGAAAGUCCCAGAAAAUAUUGAAAAUACUUGCAUAAUAUCCAUCAUAUAACAUGCAUUCCUGAGCUAUGGUCAGAAUAAAUGUGUUUAGCAUUUCUUGAAAACAUAACAUGGUAUGUGCCAUUUGGUAUACUUCAUUUAAUUCAUAUCAAUUGAAUUAUUUUUUCCCCUUAUUUAAUUGAUAAGAUUUGUAAAUGUAAGGUCAUUUUAUUUCUUUGCUUCCCUCAUUCAAACUGCUGAUGUUAGAAAACAACUAUUAUGCCAUACAUGUAGACUGAUAUAUAUUUAUGAUUAAGAUUUUGUGAUAACAAACCCAGUCUAUGCUGAGUAUUUUAGAUGUCUGUCUCCCGAAAUGAUUUCAGUACUAGUCAUUAGAUUACUUUACAUCUUUUUCAUUUACAUUUGAUACUUUUUCAUCAUAUUUUAAGCUGAACUCAUAUAAAAAGCGGGGAUGUUAAUUUUACCAGCUCCAAUCUGUCACAAGGUUAUAUUCGAUGGUAAUACUUGUACCCUUUUAUAUAGUGAAUUUGUGGUAUAUAGAGUUUUAACUUAAGUGUGUUGGAAGGGUGCUGGACCCUGUCCUUUUCUGGUCCUAUGAUGGAGACCAGAGCACCCUUCUGCCUUCAUAGAAUUAAAUGCUUAAGACUGUCAAUUAUUUUUUUUGAUUAACGGCUUACGUAUGAUAAGAUAACCUGUACAUUACAAACUUUACGUAUUUGGCAGAUGAAACCUUAUAUAAAUUCAAUUUAACACAAUUCCAAAUAUUUUCAGUUUGUAAUGAUCAAAUUACAGCCCAAAACAAAUGUGCCCUUUUCUCCUUAAGCACCAUUUCCCUCGACCGCAGCACCCUUUCCUUUUGAAAAACCUGGCUUAAUCUUUAGUAUAAUUUAAGAAACCAUUAAUGAGUACUAAACAUACUGGUAUGCUCCCAAAAAACAUCAUUCCAAAAGUGUUUGUUAUUUUUUGUGUUACUUUAAGUAAGGUUUUUAAAUUGAUAUCAUAUUUGUCUUCAGGAAGUGAAUAUUUAUUUCGAUAUUUUGAAAAAUAACUGUGAUUUGAUAUGAACGUUCAUAUUAUUGAAUAUUGCAGAAUUUUUGUGAUAGUGUGUUAAGCUAGUCUGUAGAAUAUUUAUUUCAGUUCACUCUUCAUAUUUAUGUGUUACAUUCCACAUGAAAAUUAAGAUGGGCUUUAAUUUAUUUGAUCUAAAUUUCUGUGUUCUGUUAAUGCUGUUCCGAAUAAUAAAUGUAUUUUAUGCAAGAUGGAUUAUAAAAUAAUUGAAAUAUCAGAAAUGCCUUAUCAACUUUGCUUUAUGUUAUGAUAUUAAGGUUUUGCAUGUUCUUGUGUUAAAAUAUACUUAGACACCAUAAUUUAUUUAGUUUCAACUAUCAAAGAUGGUAGUUUGUUUUAUAUGCAGAAGUACUAUUUUACCUUAUUGUGAAAUUAUUUUAUUUUCAAUGAAAAAUACAUGUUGUUCACUGAACACCAUAGAUAUAUAUUCAGAUAAAUGCCUGUUGCAUAUUUUUCUUAACUUUUCGAUACAAUUCUACGACAUGUCCUAAUCGACCACUUUAGACUUCACUGAUAUGGUAUUUUGUCUAGGUAUACACUUGGUUUAAACAUUUUUAUUUCAUUCAAUAUACAAGUGACAACAUAUAGUCAUUCCAAAUAUUUAAGAAUUUGACCGGAAGCUAAAGGCUUAUAAAGAUCAUUUUCUUCUGUACACUUUAUUUUCAUCAUUCAAGUUAUCAUUAAACAUUUAAUUGUUCUAGUAUUCUGUGCAUAUUUUUUCUCUAAAUUUCACUUUCAUUUCUUUGACCUCCACUCACCUUUUGUGUGUCCCAAUCACUCACAGUGCAUUCACACAUAAUCAGGGCUGUUUCUAGGGUUCUGAUUGGUCAGCUAUGCUGAUCCAUAUUCAAACCAAAUACAACCAUGUAGUAGUUCCUAUUUUGUUACAUGUAUGUUACCCCCAGAAUUUCUAUUCCCAACUAAAUAAAUGUUUGUUGAGCUUUAAUUUUCCCAAAAUUUUGAUGGAAAUGAUGAUUUUCAAAAGUCCUAGAAAAAGACCUAGGUAUUUGCCAGGAAGCCUAAAAAAAAAAACCUGGUUAUUUGUCAGGAAUCCUUCAAAAGACCUAGUCAUUUGUCAGGAAUAUUUGAAAACAUAUUGUAUAGAACACUGUUUACAUAAUUCCAGCCGUCCGCAUCACCAACGAAUAAAGUCAUCACUGUGCCUAAUCACGUUUAUAUACUUCUUUUGAAGAUGUGUUUGUAUGGUAGUGCGAGGGAAUGGUGAGAAUGGUUAUACUGCUGUAAUUAUGCAAGAAGACUCGACGAUUUUAGAUUUGCUGUAUGAUAUGGCUAUUUUAUUAAAGAGCAAGCAGGGCUGGAACGUCAGAGGCUCUUUACUGUACACUUGUCAGAGUUGUCCGCUAAAUUGAUUUAAGGGUGCAUCACCAAUUACUUAAAGGUUUAAAACAAUGCCAUUAAAAAUAGCAUCACUGUUAAAGUGAUCAGUCUGAUGGUAUGGUAAUCAUUAGCAACUCUAGUUUGAAUAAGUGUGCUCCCUGCUUGCUUUAAAUCUACUGUGUGAAACAGUAACUUCAGUUGAGAAGUCAGUACAUGAGCCUAUGUUUAGAUUGUAUGAUAUGUUUUAACUGAAAUGAUUUGUUUACCUGUUAGCACCAAUUGCUGUUAGAGAUUUUGUUGUUGGUUUGCCAGUAAAAUGGAAUGAUUAUUGAAAUAAACAGAUUUCA